AUGGUGCUUACCCACAACGACCUUGCUUUGGUCUUCACGCUCGCCAAGACCAAGCGACAACGCCGUUUUGUGGCUGCACUGGCUUUAUCUCUGGUUGUCGAACGCCCGCUCAUACCUGACAUUCGAUUUAACAUCGACUUGAUGUCCGACGCGAAUGCUGUGCUCGAGUUUCGUUUUGACGUUGGCGGUGUGCAGAGGGUGGCCUUCCUCUUGGGUCUCCCAGCAGUGGUCAUAACUCCUAAUCGAAAUCGUGUGGUACGCGACGAAGCUAUGUGCAUUGUGCUGUCACGUUUGGCGUUUCCCACACGUUUCUUCGACAUGUCCAAAACCCGUUGGAACAAGUUACUGUACUUCAACUACAAGCUCGUGAGCCGUAACAUCGAUGACUACUGUGCUGCAAUCGCCCGCAAGGGCUCACCAUCACAGAACGUGUUUGGAUUCAUUGAUGGAACCAAAGUCCAAGUUUGCCGGAUUUCAGCGACCAUGGACGGAAACAACAUGCAGAAGGAAGUGUACAGUGGCCACAAACGCGUGCACUGUCUGAACUAUCAAGCCGUCACUGCACCGGACGGGAUUUGUGUUCACUUCUUUGGGCCGGCCGAAGGAAGACGCCACGACACCACGAUGCUACGGUACAGUGGCUUGUUGGAUUACCUCGAGGCGCACUCUGGUUUGUUUUGGCGCAAGUGUAUUUAUGGCGACCCCGCGUAUGGCGUGUUCAAGUUUUUGCUUUCUGGUUACAAGGGCAACGGAUUGAGCAACGCUCAAAGGGACUUCAACAAGUGGAUGAGUCGUGUGCGCCAAUCAGUGGAGUGGAACUUCAAGGUUAUGAAGACACUUUGGGCGUUUAUUACGUUCAAAGGGUUGUCGAAGAUACGUUUAUCCCCAGUGGCCAAAGUCGUGUGUGUGGCCAUGCUAUUGACAAAUUGUCAUUGUUGCUACUUUGGAGGAAAUCAAAUCAGCAAAUUCUUCAAGUUGGAUCCACCAAGCUUGGAGUCAUAUUUGGACACCUUAGACAUAAUUGACGUUUAA